AUGGAGGUUUUUAUGCACAAUGUCCCCGCUCAACUCUCCGAUCAAGGCUUAAUGAAGGAGAUGGAGCCUAUUAUAAAGCGCUUAGGCAUCCUUGACUUCCUAUGUGAUAAGCCAAAGAGAAAAAGCAUCGGGUUUAUUGUUUUUUAUCGCCCUGAAGAUGGAGAGCGGUUCCUGCUGUUACAUGGCCAGGAAGAAAUACCGGGAACGAUGAAUGCUCGCGGGAAACAACGACUUCGUUCUAAAUUGAAAAUCAUGGGUGUCGAUGUCUUCUGCGCACGCAGUAAGAAGGCACCGAGCAAAUAUGCCAUUCAGAGUCUUCAGCAUAUGGCUGAACAGCGAGUAAAAGACACCUUGCACAAGUAUGAAGACAACAAGGAUAUUUCCUUCCGCCUAUUGGGGUUCAGCUGUGGUUAUUCUAUGUUCCAGGGAGAGCACUUCGGAUAUGUUCCCGAGGUGCAGUGGUCAGACACUGGCUUGAUGAAGUUUAUGAAAAGGGCCAUCAUCAUCAAGUUAGAGACCUCUAAGCACCACAUCCGCAUACCACUCAGCACGGUCAUUGAGCUCAUAUGGUCCAGGGAUGGGAGUCUAACACUGACCUUAUCUACGGUUCCAUAUUUCUUCACUCAUGAGGGUUCUGAUCCUUUGACUGUCGCAUUUCAGAUGCUCCAGCUUGUUUCUUCAAAAUACCAUGCAACGCCACCUUCCCGUUCGCGAAUAUGCUCCCUGAGUACAGCCCACGCUGAUGUGGCUGGGCAAUGUCUUGUCUAUCAGUUUCGGGUCCCUUACGUUGAUCUCAUGAAGGACAUUCAUGACCUCAAGGAGUGGGAAAUUCCCAUUUUACGCUUUGAUAUUCUGCCCAUUAACGCACCACCAAGGGGUACUUUUCAAGUUCAACUUAAGGCUCUCAUGGACGAAUUAGCCACUUGCACUAGAAAUAACUCUCUUCCUUUCGGUAUUUUGUUCCAGUUGCAGGCUCUUGCAUACAACGCCUACCUACUGCCACGUACAGUACAGAGCUUAACUCAAGAACUGGUCAAGGCUUAUAAGAAAGACAUAGCAGCUCAGAGAAGACCUAUUUCAGUACUGGCUUUGAAGAAACUGUUUGAUAUGAUUGACUGGCCUUCCCCUCACAGCAAUCCAACUGACUAUGAGGUUGGUGCUCUUAUGGCAGCUCUGGAGCAAAACCAGAAAGAUGUCUUGCAAGACUUGGCGGUUUCUGGAGACGUGCUAGGUCCUUCUGAGAACUUGACCCCAAUCCAUAAGGUCAUGGUUACGCCCACGCGAGUGACUCUCCAUGGACCGGAACUGGAGCCUAGAAAUAGAAUCCUGCGAAGAUUCCCAAAGCACCAUGACUUCUUCAUUAGAGUGCAAUUUUGUGAUGAGAACGGUCAAGAUCUUCACUUCAACUCUCGAGUUCGCUAUGAUGAUGUGUUUGCCAGAUUCAAAAGUGUUCUUACCCACGGCAUCCAGAUUGCCGGGCGGACUUACUCGUUUUUGGGAUGGUCGCACUCGUCAUUGAGAUCUCAUGCCGUAUGGUUUUCCUCUCCGUUUGUUGACGAAUCCGGUCAAUUCCAGACUCACUUUAGCAUCAUCAAGGCGCUUGGUGACUUCAGCAAAAUUCAAUCACCUGCUAGGUGUGCCGCCAGAAUUGGUCAAGCUUUUACAGAUACUCAUUACGCUAUAUCCCUGUCUGAAUAUGACAUAAAUGUCUCUGAGGUAGCAGAUGUGACAUCUAAUGACGGCAAGCGGGUAUUCAGUGAUGGAGUAGGAACCCUCUCAUGGGAUGUCGCAGAGACCAUAUGGCACCACAUACCGGAGAAGAAAGGAUCUCCUACCUGCUUCCAGGUCCGACUAGGCGGUGCAAAGGGCAUGCUCGCUCUUGAUGGUCGGCUUUCGGGCUCUCAAGUCAACAUUCGACCUUCCAUGAUAAAAUUUCAGGGAGACAUGAAAGACCUCGAGAUCUGCGAUAUGGCGGCUACGCCUAUGGGGCUGGUCUUGAAUCGACAAAUGAUCAAGAUUCUGGAGGAUAUGGGAACGCCAGAUGAAUGGUUCAUCACCUUGCAAGAGGCGGCACUAACCAAGCUUCGUAGUGUUACCGCUAGCGCUCACAAUUCAGAAGUCUUCAUCAAAAAACAGGCGGUCGGCGACUGCAUAGGUCUCUACAGGCUCUUCCGUCACUGCCAUCUGCGUGAUCUUGACUACAAGAAAGAUCCUUUUGUUCGUUCGGUCGUCGAAGCUGUCGUUCUCAAAGAAUUGCGUCUUUUGAAACACAAAGCUCGCAUCCCUGUUUUCAAGGGAAUCACUUUGUUUGGUGUUAUGGACGAGACGGGGCUUCUCGAAGCUGAACAAGUUUACGUGACGUAUGAACCUAUAGAAGGAAGACAUGCGCCGCCUCCUGACUCUGGGACGGUUUUGGUGACUCGCUCGCCAGCUUUGCAUGAUGGAGACAUUCAAUAUGCACAGAACGUUAUUCCUCCUGACAACCAUCCGUUGGCGGAGCUCACGAAUUGCAUUGUGUUCAGUAGUAAGGGAUAUCGCGAUCUACCAAGUCAACUCAGCGGAGGCGACCUCGACGGCGACAUAUUUAACGUCAUUUGGGAUACCGAUGCGUAUCCGGUCCGGACAUUUGCGCCUGCGGAUUAUCCUCGUGUAAGCCCAGUAGAAAUCGGGCGUCCAGUGGAGCGCGACGAUAUGGCGCAAUUCUUCCUCGAUUUCAUGAAAACCGAUCAUCUUGGGAUGAUCGCCACAAGGCAUAUGAUCAUGGCUGACCAGGAAGAGGAGGGAACAUCCCAUCCAGUGUGCAGGCAGCUGGCACAAUUGCACUCUACGGCAGUUGACUUCUCCAAGACGGGUAUUCCAGUUCAACUGGGGGACAUUCCCAAAGGGAACCCUUUCAGGCCUGACUUUAUGGCACCAGGCCCAGUUGCACGCAUCCACAAUAAGUCAGAGAUCGAGUUAGAGGAGUAUGUUAUUCAAACCGCUUACGAUGAAGACAAUGACCUGGAGCCGUUCCACAGGUACUACAGAUCAGAAAAGAUAUUGGGCAAGCUCUAUAGGGGUGUUGAUGAACGACUCAUCUGGCAAAAAGACAUCCAAAGCAAAGUCCAGCCCAACGAAGAUGAAUUCUGGAACGAGUUCUUAUGGUCUAUGCUUGAGCGCUGUAAUAAACUAGGAGAUUUGUCAUGGGAACGUUGGCUGGAUGAAGCCCGAGACAUUCGCCUAAGAUACGAAGAGGCCGUGUUCUCGGCACGAAACAAUUACUCCGAGCACCCAAUCGAGCCACUGAGUGAGCUAGAAGUGUUCAUUGGGUCUGUCCUGAAUAAAGGGGGUGUGCAGACCCGUCGGCAGCGUGAUCAAUCCAACAAACUCGCCGAUGAAUUUGAUCGCAUCUCUACCUGGAUUGUGGGGCAGAUGCGCGAAGGACGCACAUCCGAUUCACCAAUAACCAGUCUGUCGGAUCAACUCAAACCUUUGGAAUUCUGCAUCGCCUGCAUCCAUGUCGGUGGUGAGAGCGACAAGGAUUCCGCCCGCCGUCGCAGAGAAGUGUAUGGUGAGAUUAAAAGCUUCCGUGUGGUUGCAGCGUGUGCUUUGCUAUUUGAGCUCGAUCUCUUUGAGAAGGGUAGAAAGCGAAAAUUUUAA